UCAGCGAAAGAAGGAAAAAAAAGAAAAGAAACUCGAACAGAAUAGCACACCCGCAAAAUACAAAAGAAGCCUGGUCUGAACUGUGAAUUGUGAAGAGUGGUGAAGAAGCUUGAAGAUUCAACAAUGGCGAGUAAGCCCGGCGUUCAGAGAUCCGGAGCUAUUUCCAAGGGCUACAACUUCGCAUCUCACUGGGAACAGAACGCGCCGUUAACGGAGCAGCAACAAGCGGCGAUUGCAAACCUCUCUCACGCCGUCGCAGAGCGACCGUUGCCGCCCAAUUUGGCACAAGAUCGAAUGUCGGAGCAGCAGAAUGGCCUGUCAGUCUCCACCAAGGGCAGCUCUUUUGGCUUGGAACACUCUGCUGCUAUGGAAGCCAUUCUUGUCAAUACGAAUCAGUUCUAUAAAUGGUUUACGGAUCUUGAAUCGGCCUUGAAGUCCGAGACAGAGGAGAAGUAUCGCCACUAUGUAGACACAUUGAUGGAGCGCAUACAGAUAUGUGAUGGUAUCCUUCAGCAGGUGGAUGAUACUCUAGACUUGUUUAAUGAACUACAACUGCAGCACCAGGCAGUAGUAACAAAGACUAAAACUCUUCAUGAUGCGUGCGACCGACUGUUGAUAGAAAAGCAACGACUGAUUGAAUUUUCAGAAGCACUCCGCAGUAAGCUCAACUACUUUGAUGAAUUGGAGAAUAUUGCUACAAAUUUUUAUUCUCCAAACAUGAAUGUUCUAAAUGAGAACUUUCUCCCUCUGCUCAAACGACUUGAUGAUUGCAUAUCGUAUGUUGAAAGCAAUCCGCAAUAUGCCGAAUCCAGUGUUUACCUACUCAAAUUUCGCCAACUGCAGUCUCGAGCCUUGGGCAUGAUUCGUUCACAUGUACUUGCAAUUCUUACAGGUGCUUCUUCUCAGGUACAGGCAGCUAUCAGAAGCAGUGGUGGCAGCAAAGCUUCUGUUUCUGAGGGUGUAGAAGCAUCUGUUAUAUAUGUCCGUUUCAAGGCAGUAGCAAGUGAGCUUAAACCAGUGCUGGAGGAAAUUGAAAGCAGAGCAUCAAGGAAAGAAUAUACUCAGAUCCCUGCAAAAUGUCACAAGCUAUACUGCGAACAACGCCUUUCCUUGGUAAGAGGUAUAGUACAUCAAAGAAUAUCUGAAUUCGCCAAGAAAGAGGCGUUGCCAUCAUUGACUAGAUCUGGAUGUGCAUAUCUAAUGCAGGUCUGUCAGCUUGAGCACCAACUUUUUGACCACUUUUUCCCAUCUUCCGCAGAGGACGUUUCAAGUUUGGCUCCAUUGAUAGAUCCUCUGUCUACAUAUUUAUACGACACACUACGGCCAAAGCUUAUUCAUGAAACAAAUAUUGAUUCUCUUUGCGAACUUGUUGAUAUAUUGAAAGUUGAAGUCCUAGGUGAACAGUUAAGUCGGCGGAGUGAAUCAUUAGCUGGCCUACGUCCUACACUGGAGAGAAUUCUUGCUGAUGUUCACGAGAGGUUGACUUUCCGUGCUCGAACCUGUAUUCGUGAUGAGGUGACAAAUUAUUUACCCUUGGACGAAGAUUUGGAUUACCCUGCAAAGCUGGAAAAAGCUGCGACAGAUGAACUUGAAACUACUUCUGAUGAUGAAAACCUCGUUUUUAAGACCUGGUAUCCACCUCUAGAGAAAACACUAUCUUGUCUGUCAAAGCUGUAUCGCUGCUUAGAACCUGAAGUUUUCACUGGUUUAGCACAGGAAGUUGUCGAAGUUUGUUCAAUAUCUAUUCAGAAAGCUAGUAAACUCAUUGCAAAGAGAUCAUGGCCAAUGGAUGGUCAGCUCUUCGUCAUAAAGCAUCUUCUUAUCUUAAGGGAGAAGAUUGCACCUUUCGAUAUUGAGUUUUCUGUUACACACAAGGAGCUUGAUUUCUCGCACUUGCUGGAGCAUCUACGGCGGAUUCUUAGAGGUCAAGCCUCUCUAUUUGACUGGUCCAGGACAACUUCACUGGCAAGAACCUUAUCUCCCCGUGUUUUGGAAAGUCAAAUAGAUGCCAAGAAGGAACUGGAGAAAAGCCUAAAAGCCACUUGUGAGGAGUUCAUUGUGUCGGUCACUAAGCUAGUUGUGGAUCCUAUGCUUUCAUUUGUUACCAAGGUCACAGCUGUGAAAGUUGCAAUGUCAGGCAGCCAGAAUCAAAAGGUAGAGUUGGUUAUGGCUAAACCACUCAAAGAUCAAGCUUUUGCAACUCCAGAUAAAGUAGCUGAACUUGUUCAAAAGGUAACCACUGCUAUUCACCAAGAGUUACCAAUGGUAACGAGGAAAAUGAAGCUUUAUCUGCAGAACUCAUCAACACGGGCAAUUCUAUUCAAACCAAUACAGACAAAUAUUAUGGAAGCCCAUGUACAAGUACAGUCCCUGCUAAAGGCUGAGUAUUCACCUGAAGAAAUACAAGAAAUGAUAAAGAUGCCGUCUAUUUGGAAGUGGGGGAGAUACAAGGAGGAGAGCUGGGGGUGCAUUCUUAUCCCAAAUUGCAGUGAAUUUUCCACAACUAUUUGGAAGGCUUCUACUACCAAGUUUGGUGGGAUAUGACUAAACAACAUCAUCAUUUUUCUCGUUUUCUUUGGUUCAAUGAUGAAGUGACACGUGUCCUUUAGGUAUCCCCCCCCCCCUUUUCUGUCCUGACUUCUGAAUAAGCAUCAUCUUCAUCCUCCUUUGUGUUUUUCUAUUCUGUUCUGAAUAUCAGUCACUUGCCUCUUUUCGUGAUCGAUCUAAAUAAUGAGGCCCCAGGUCUUUGAUGAUAUAUCAGGUAAGCAAUACUCUAUCAAUUUCAAUUUGUACCAAAGUUUUAAAAUUUCUUGCUGUGAUUUCAGAUCGAAGAAAAGUUGAACACGACAAGAAUUUAUCUUCUUGGGUUUGUUAUUCAUCGAGUUUCAAUUACAAUUUCUCAGAACCCUAAUCCCCAAUUUCCAUCCUCCUUCAUAAAGCUUCAUACUUUCUCUCGAUCCCUGUAAUUGAAACUCAUCUCUUAGAUCCCUAAUCCCCAAUUUCCAUCCUCCUCCAUAAAGCUUCAUACUCUCUCAAUCCCUGUAAUUGAAACUCAUCUCUCAGAUCCCUAAUCCCCAAUUUCCAUCCUCCUUAAUAAAGCUUCAUGCUUUCUCUCAAUCCAUGUUUCCCAAAUCCAGGCCUCCUCCUCCUUAAUAAAGCUUCAUGCUUUCUCUCAAUCCAUGUUUCCCAAAUCCAGGCCUUCUCCUCCUUAAUAUAGCUUCAUGGUUGCUCUCAGUCCAUGUUUCCCAAAUCCAGGCCUACUCCUCCUCCUUUGUUCAUCUGUAAUUGAAUUUGAAACUCAACUCUGAGAUCCCUAAUCCCCCAAUUUUCAUCCUCUCCAAUAAAGCUUCAUACUUGCUCUCCUUCUCAAUAGAUAUUCAAAAUUUGAGACCUCAAUCCUUAUUUCCAAUAAAGCUUCAAACUUUUCCUCAAUCCAUAGUCCCCAAAUCUAGGCCUCGUCAAUAAACAUUCAAAAAUAGAGUUUAAUGUUUGCUCUGAAAAAAAAAAAAUUAAUUAACAAAGCUCUGGGAUCUUCAGUCUUCAGACACCAUCGUUACUUCA